AUCGCUCAAACUCACAGGCAUUGAUUUGGUAACAUGUGAUCAACAUAUCAUAGAAAAACUACACAGAACUGAAUGUAAUUUAUUUUCUUGUGGAAUGUGAUCUGAUCAAGAAUGUCAGCUAAAAAUCAUAUAGUUGUAACAGGGGGUGCUGGAUAUGUCGGUAGUCACGUGGUUGUAGAAUUACUAAAAGAAGGUUAUCACGUGAUAGUCAUCGAUAGAUUGGACAACUCUAAAAUUGAGGCGUUAAAACAAGUAGAGGUUAUUACUGGAAAACCAGUUCAAGCUCACAAUGUAGACAUUACGGAUAAGGAAAGUCUAAAUCUUAUCUUUCAAGAGAAUAAUGUAUCUUGUGUGAUACAUCUGGCAGCUAAGAAGUCACAUAAGUUGUCAAUUCAGUCUCCUUUGAACUAUUACAAGAACAACGUUGUCGGGCUGGUAACACUUUUAGAGGUAAUGAAGAACCACGGUGUGUAUAGAAUGAUAUAUGCCAGUUCCGUAGCAGUUUACGGCCAUCCAAAUCAUUUGCCAAUUGAUGAGCAGCAUACGGCUGGAGAUGUUAACGACCCAUACAGUAGAACAAAAUAUUUUUGUGAGGAAGUCUUGAAGGAUUUAUGUAUAGCUGAAGAGGAUUGGAGUAUUAUUACCCUACGAUUGUUUAACCCAGUUGGCGCGCACAAGUCCGGGCUUAUUGGAGAAAUCAUGACAGACAAUCCACCAAACCUCAUGCCGAAUAUCGCAAAGACUGCACUAGGAAAGCAAGAUCAUUUCAUUAUAUAUGGUGAUAAAUACAAAACAAUAGAUGGAACAGGUGAGAGGGAUUAUACGCACGUUGUUGAUAUUGCAAAAGGACAUAUUGCAGCACUAAAAAAGAUAGAAGCUAUAAACGGUUAUAAGGUGUUUAACUUGGGGACUGGAAGUCCAUGCUCAGCUCUCAACAUGGUGAGAGAAUUUGAAAAAGCAUCAGGAAAAACAAUUCCAAUCGCAUUUAAGGAACCUCGAUCAUAUGACACGCCCACGUCAUAUGCAGACAUUUCAUUGGCCAGGAAGGAACUUGAAUGGAACGUUGGCUUGAAUAUAACAGAUGUCUGUACAGAUGCGUGGAGAUGGUAUACUAACAACAAUCAGAAAUAAAACAUGUUUGAAGAAACAUAUUAUCAAAAAUAUCUAUUUAUUAUUACAUCAUUAUUUUACUUAAAAGGGUUUAUUUUGCUUAAGCAGAUGCUAGGGGCCAUACACAGCAGCUUCUACUUUCCAGUACUGUCCAUGAACAGACUCAAUCAAAGCGAGCUUGCACCAUUUUCAAUUUUUCCGUUUCGGAUCUUAUAAUCUUAUUAUUCUCUUUGUGUUAUAUUUACUUACAUUUUGCAACAUGGGUUCACUUAACUAUAUUGCAAUAAUAAUACAAUAGUGCAUGGACAUGUAUUUGGAUAAAAAUGUCAUAGAUGUUAAAUGUAAAGGCUAUGUGUUCGCAUAUUUUUGAAAGCAGUUGAAAAAUAAAGUUUAAAAUUCUAAAAGAACAUUUUGCACUAUUUUCUAAUUUGAUAAAUUUAAAUCAACAUCAAUUAAGAAUAGAUGUUACACAGAAUGAUCUUAAUGUUCAAUUAGUAAACAUAUAUAUGGCCAGUUACAAGUAAAUUGCCGCCAUUAGUCAUAGACUACACGUUUCUCUUGCUUAAAGCACCGAGAUACAUGAUCUAGGUCCUACUCCUUGAGAAAUUUCUUUCGAUGAUUGUUAAUUAAAUAAGGUCGUGCCA